GGGAAGGAUGGUGCCUAUAGAUAUCACUCAUGCUCCUUCCAGGACCGUGGCAACAAAUUAUAUAGAUUUUCUGCUUUUAAGAUUUAGCCAGCAGCUUGUUGCAAGGGAAUUUGCAGUGAUCCUUGUGAGUUUUCCUUUUAAACAGUGUUAAAUUUGUGGCAAGGGUGUCAGGCAUUUCAUACUUGGCUUCCAGAAAAAGAGAGAGAGCGAGCACGAGCAAGUGAGUGAGCAAGAAUGAUGUGCGUGGGGAAGAAAUCUUGCUGGAAUUUCUUCAGAGGUUGUAGUUGGACAUGGUAAGGACAAAUGUGACAAGAAAAGCAAGGCAGCAAGAGAAAACUGGUAUUGUGAAAAGAUGUCCCAGUGUAAGAAACAAGCUGUUGUAGAAACGCUCUGGGAUUACACAUGUUCUUCUCAUCCUGGAUAUGACUGAAUACAAGCAAGUUGCUCUUGAUUGACAGUUCACAAAUCUCAAGAUUAUGUUUCUCUUACUUGCUGCUUUUUUGUCAGUGGUUUUUAAAAUUGGUUUUGUUAACCUCUCAGCUCUACAGCACUGGAACUGUCCUAGGGGAUACCGAUUAGGAAGUGAAAACUCCACUUGUAUAGAUAUUGAUGAAUGCCUUCAAGGUGGCCUGGGUACCUGUGGCCAAAUCUGUGCCAAUGUUCCGGGGUCCUAUAUCUGCUCCUGCUUGCCUGGCUACACACUGGAUAAUGACAAGUGGUCCUGUUAUGCUGAUGAUCCUGCACCAUUUCUCAUUUUUAGCCAUGGAAAUGCCAUCUUUCGAAUUGAUAGUGAAGGCACUAAUCAUGAGCGAAUAGUAGCCAAUGCUGGUGAAUCAACCCUCAUAGAUUUUCAUUACGAAGAAGAGAAAAUGUAUUGGGUAGACACCAAAAAAGGGCUUCUGCAACGAAUAUACCUAAAUGGCACAAAACAAGAGAGACUGUGUUAUGUAGGAAAAGGUGUUUCAGGAUUUACCAUCAAUUGGAUAAAUCAAGAUAUUCUUUGGGCCAACCAGCAGAAGGCAACCAUUGAAACAACCAAUAUGAAUGGAAACAACUCCCGAGUCCUUUUAAAAGAUGUAGGUCAUCCCACGAGUAUUGCUGUUGAUCCUGGAAAAAGAUUCGUAUUUUGGUCUUCAGACAGUGCUCUUCCCAGCAUUCUUAGGGCAAGGCUUGAUGGAACUGACAUGAGAGGCAUUUUAAGGACCACUGAAAAAAUAAAGGCAAUCUCAUUGGAUUUUGCUGAUGUACGAAUUUUCUGGGUUCAGUAUGACAGUGAAGAAGAUAUUUCACAUGUAGGAUCAUGUGACUAUAAUGGUGGCUCUAUUCAUUUGCUCAAGCAUUCUGCACAACGACAUUUGUUUGGCAUAUCUCUGUUUGCUGAGCACUUGUACUAUACAGAGUUGAAAACUGGUAUGAUUUGGAGAGCCAACAAAUUUACUGGCAAGGUUGCAGUCACAGUUAGCCUGAAACCAUCUUAUUUGCCACCAGCAGAUAUAAAAGUGGUGCAUCCCUUUAAACAGCCCGGUGCUAGAAUGAAUUCUCAAGAUGUUGGACAACGAUCCUGCAAUUUUAACAAAGAAAACUGUAAGAGAAGAAUCUGCAGGCAGUACUCCAGGACCCAUUGGUGCAGAUGUUCUAAUGGAUUUGCUUUGAGUAGAAAUAAGCAAUACUGUGAAGAUGUCAAUGAAUGUGCCUUUUGGAACCAUGGUUGCACUCUGGGGUGUGUAAAUCUCCCUGGUUCCUAUUAUUGCACAUGCCCAGGAGGUUUUGUUCUGCUGGCUGACAGGAAAACGUGUCAUGAACUCAUUUCUUGUACAGAUAAUUACACUGAAUGCAGCCACGGUUGUCUUCAGACUUCUGAAGGGCCACUUUGCUUUUGUCCUGAGGGAUCAGUGCUUAAAGCAGAUGGCAAGACAUGCAUGGGUUGUACGUCUCCAGAUAAUGGUGGAUGCAGCCAGAUUUGUACCCCUUUAAGCCCAUACUCCUGGGAGUGUGCUUGUUUUCCCGGAUAUAAGCUGCAGGAAGAUAAAAAACACUGUACAGCUAUCGGUCCCAGGCCAUUUUUGUUAUUUGCAAAUGGUCAAGACAUCCGACGCAUCAGUUUUGAUGGAACAGAUUAUUCAAGUUUACUCGAUUGGCAGAUGGGAGCAGUCUUAGCACUGGACUAUGACCCAGUUGAAAAUAAGAUUUAUUUUGCCCACACAGCCUUGAAGUGGAUAGAACGGGCUAAUCUGGAUGGCUCAUAUCGUGAAAAAGUUAUGUGUGAAGCGAUAGAUAUACCUGAAGGGCUUGCUGUGGACUGGAUUAACCGUAAAUUGUAUUGGACUGAUAGAGGGAAGUCACACAUUGAGAGGUGUGAUUUGAAUGGACUGUACAGAGAAGUGAUGGUCAAGGAGGAUGUCUUCCAGCCACGAGGGAUUGCUGUUCAUCCACUUGCUAAGAGAUUCUUCUGGACCGAUUUGGGGCCCAAUCCACGGAUUGAAAGUUCUUCUCUAGAGGGCAAUGAUCGUCUGGUUAUUGCUAGCACGGACCUGGUUUGGCCUAGUGGAAUAACUAUCGACUACUUAGCAGACAAGUUGUACUGGUGUGAUGCUAAACAGUCUGUUAUUGAAAGUGCAAAUUUGGAUGGUUCUAAACGACGAAUACUUGCACAGAAUGAUGUAGGCAAGCCGUUUGAUAUAGCUGUGUUUGAGGAUCACAUUUGGUUCUCUGACUGGGAUAAGCCAUCAUUAAGGAGGAUGGAUAAGAAGACCAGCCAAAACAGGGUACGUCUUCGAGGCAGCAUGCUGAGACCCUCAUCAGUGGUUGUAGUUCAUCCUUUGGCGAAACCAGGGGCAGAUCCUUGCCUUCAUGAAAAUGGAGGCUGUGAUCAGAUCUGUGAAAACGGCUUUGGAGUUGCCCGUUGCUUGUGCCACAAAGGCUUUUUGAGAAAACAAGAUGGGAAAACCUGUCAAGCUCUAAAUACUGCUUUUACAACACCAGGAGUCUUUGUACAAAAAGAGGUGGAACCAAAGAAUCAAACAACAAUACUGGAACCCUUGUACCAGAGCCCACUGGAUAGUGGGGAUACUACCAGUGAGGAGAAGCAGCAAACCCAACAUUUGCUGAUGGCUGAAAUCAUGGUAUCUGAUCUAGAUGACUGUGCUGUGUUAGAGUGUAAUACCAAUGCCCAGUGUAUCUCACUGAAAGAUGGUGCUAUGUGCCAGUGUUUGGAGGGAUUUACCUGGGAGGGGAAAUCAUGUCUUGAUGUCAAUGAGUGUGCUAUUAAUAUGGACCGCUGUAAUAGAAACUCUUCCGAGUGCAUCAAUACUGAAGGUGGCUAUGUCUGCAAGUGUCUAGAGGGCUACAGUGGAGAUGGACUUCAUUGCUCAGAUAUUGAUGAAUGCAAGCUGGGGAUCCACACAUGUGGGGAAAAUACUAUCUGCAUAAACACUGAAGGAAACUACACCUGCAUUUGCACCAAUGGUUUGUUUGGAACUGGGGCUGACUGUACUGAAUCACCAGUGCCUUCUACUCCUAGUACCAGGGGUAUUGCCACUCCCACUGCGCAGGAUGAAUUCAUAGGCUGCCCAUCGUCACACGACUCCUACUGUCUCCAUGGGGGAAUUUGUAUUUAUGUUUCAGAUCUACAAGACUAUGCAUGCAACUGUGUGGCAGGUUAUGUGGGAGAACGCUGUCAGUUCAGUGACUUGGAGUGGUGGGAGAAGCAACAUGUGGAGCAAAUGAAGAUGAGGAACAUCACAGUUACAGUUUGCAUAGUUGUGCUGCUCCUGCUGCUCUUCCUGGGAUCGCUUUGUGCCUACUGUUACAGAAGUCAGAACUUCUAUAAGAAGAAUCUCUAUGCAGAAGCGAUAAGAGAUGCCAGCAGCAGCAGUGCUGACAGUGAGAACGUGACACCUACCAGCAACAAGCCUCGGCUCGUUGCUGUGACGGCCUGUAAUGGAUACAAGGGAGCUAGAGCUGUUGAGUUAAUUGAGUGUGAGACAGCAGAGCUAGGACCCUCCUGCAUUUCAGAACCUGCACAUGUGCAGCCUCCAGCAUAUGACACAGAAGCAGAGAUGUCAGCAGAAGAGGGACGAGAGCAAGGCUGUCCACAACAGCUUUCCAGUGGAAGGGAGCCACCGCAGUCUGGUGAUGCAGAAAGGAGCCCUCACCAGCUUCACUGGAACAUCAGCUCCGUUCCCUUGUUGGAAAGUGAGCUUCAUACCCCAGCAUCAUCCAGCCUCUUAAUGCAGCCAGAUUAAGGAAUUCUUGGUCUGAGAUGAAGGUGGGGUAGAGUGGCUUCAGUGGGAAUUGAAGCUUACAGACUACUGAAGGAACAUUUUCUUAAAAACUGUACAUUAAAUGAAACGAAACAAACAAGCUACCUUGCCAGGCUUUCUUCAUCAUCUCUGCUUGGAAGUAUCAGUGGUGAAUGUACCACUGCUAAAGAGUCUCUUAUAUUUUUAAUGUCACUUUAAAGGUCAGUACUACUAAUUUCAAUACCUUGCAACUGAAGGGACACUCAGACUGAUACUUAUUCAUUAGAAACAAAUAUCUUCUAGAUGAUUUUUGCUGUAAUUUGGGAUAUUUUGUUCUCUGUUUACAUGCACAAAACUCAUGAAAACAGCUUUAGAGCAAGGACAACCAGGAUGGAAGUGCCUUUCUCUAAAGGAAUAUGAUACAGUAGAAUAAGGUAACUUUUUUUUUUAUCAGAAUACUGUUGAGGGACACUAUGGACCUGUUGGUCCUCUUCCCUAUGCUUCUUCCUACCAGUGUAACUCUUCAAAUUCAGCGGAGUUACAUCUGAUAUAUAUGUAUGUAAGUGAGAGCAGAAUGAGGCUCUGUAUUUGUAAGACUGUAAGAAUGUUUGUGAACAUAUGGUUCAAAUGAGCCUCAAUUACACCCAACAAAGAAGGUGCAACCUCAGCGGAGAAAGCUAUUUCAUUUAUUAAAUCUUCCUAUCUACAAUCUUCAAAGCCCUUCAGAUCUUUAAAUGUUUUGUUUCUGGAGUGAGACAAAGGGCCAAAUUGUACACUCAAUCCUAGCAGCAAACGUGCUGGAGUUAUUCUCAUUUUCCAAUGGAGUCUUGACAGUAGAGUGAAGUUCAUUAUGGAGGGUUUGGCAUGUGAAAAGUACCAGUUCCCAUGUCC